ACGCGACUGGAGACCGAGGUGUCCCAUCCCCAGAGCGGCUCCUGGGCUUCUUCCUCGCCAUGGCGUUUGGCGGCGGUUGGUGGGGACGGGCCGCGGCGCGGGCCAGGAGAGCCGGCGGGCUGCUAAGGGGAGAGGCCUGGCCGUGGCUACGGAGGCCGGCGAGGCCCAACUCCGGACGCGGCGCGCCACUCCCGCCCGCUUCGGAACUGGACAAGGCAGACGCCUGGCUGCUCCGCAAGAGUCACGAGACCGCCUUCCUGUCCUGGUUUCGGAAUGGGCUGCUGGCCACGGGCAUCGGCGUGAUUUCCUACAUGCAGAGCGACAUGGGGCGGGAAGCGGCCUACGGCUUCUUCAUCCUCGGCGGGAUCUGCGUCUCGUACGGCAGCGCCUCCUACUUCGUCAGCCUCCUCCUCCUCCGUCGCACCAUGAUGCUCUCCUUCUCGGCCGCCCUCUUGAACUCGGCCGCCGUGGUGAGCGUGGCUCUCUUCUGGCUCUGCGCCAUCUCCCUCUACAUCGGCCGGCUGGAGGUGGAGAUCAUCCAGGAGGACGUCGGCGAGAAGAGGAAGGAGAACGGCAAGGGCGAAAAGUGAAGGGCUGGAGCGGCUCUUCGGGACUCGACGAGACAACCGUACGGACAAUUCGGAAGGGACAGCUCCACGGUGGUUGGGUCAGAGGGGACCGCGGAAGAAGGAAGGGAAGUUGGCUAGUUCUCCUGAACGCGGGAGACAAGUGGAAGGAAGAAUGGGCUUUCAACUUAUUUCAGAUUUAUCGGCUGGGAGGGCAAGGAAGGAAGGGAGGGGCUCUGAAACCUUCCUUGGAGCAAAUGCUCGCUACUUAAGGAUCUUUGACGCUUUUCAUGAGUGGGCCUGCUUUGCAAAACCCUUUCUGCUUUGACUCUGCUUUCUGGUUUCAGGGGCGUGUGUGUGUGUGUGUGUGUGUGUGUAUAAAAGCCCAUUUUCUGGAUGUCUUCUGCAUAGCUUGCCUUGGCUUGGCCACUCUCGCUUAUGCUCCAGACUCUUUCUCCGUUUCGUUUCUGUCGUUGGGCCGGCUGGUGCUCUGAUUAGUGGACAUUUAGAUUAAAGACACUCAAAG